AUGGAGUUGGAGGGGAAGCCGGCGCUGAUGCUGAAGGAGUGGCUUGAGCUGGAGUUCACCGCGGAGCUCUCCCGCGACGGCUUCGGGUGCUACCCGCGCCACCUCGUCGCCGAGCUCCGUACCACACGGCGGAACGGUGAUGUCAUCGCGAGGGUAUCCGCCGCGGUGAGAGCUGCGCUGUUCCGGCCGUCGGGAAGGGAGGGGGAGGUCGCCCUCGCCGGGAAUUCCCCGAGGAGGCUGCGUAUGGGCUUCUGGAAGAAGCGGAGGGGUGAGGAGGCGGUGGACAGGAGGGCACCCAGCUGUUCACCGUCGACUACCGCCGGUGGGACUAGGGAUGGUUCGUCGCCGGCGAUGCUACCGCGACGACGGAACCCAGAGCCUGGCCAAGCCGGUGGCGUCGGUGCAGGUGCCGCCGGCCGCCGUAGCAACGAAACAAAGGUUGCGGGACUCGAGGCGACGCCCCACUUGGAGCAGGAGCAAGAGCGGAAGCAGCGUCUGAGCCCGGUCUCUGUGAUGGAUUUCCUCAGCCAGGAUGAAGACGACGACGGCAACGAGGACGAGAACGGCGACGGCGAAGGCGUGGAUGGAGACGACGAGACCGCGUCGGCGACGUUCCAGCAAAGCAUAGCCAACAUUCGAAGAGCAAGCCAAGAGUUGCUUCAAAAAAUCCGGCAGUUUGAGCAGUUAGGCGAGCUAGACGUAUCCGACGUGGACGAUGCUACCACGACCACGGAGGAUGUGAGCUGCAACAUGUUGGAAACAGAUUUCAUAGAAGACAAUGACGAUGCAUCUGCGCAGGGCAUACUAGAACUCCUAGAAGCAAGAUCCUCAGGGUCCAGCCACUGCUUCCAGAAGCUUUUGGUAGAUUUCUUUCACUAUGAUAAAACCCCAAGGAAUCUAGGCCGAGGAAAGGUGUUGCUGGAGACCGCUCAAGCAUGGCUGGAUGGGCAAAAUUGUUCAUUAAGACCAAUUUGGACAGUGGUGAAGACGGAGAUUGCGUCCAUCGAGCAGUGGAGAUGCCUCAGAGAAGAUGAAAAGAAUCUACUAGCCGCUGAUCUGGAGAGUGAGAUCAUCUCGUCAUUGAUCGGAGAAUUGGUUGACGAGUUAUAUUGA